UUUUUUCAUUUUUCGUCAGAACUCAGUUUUGCCUUGCUCCUGCCGAGCUUUGCCUGAGUUCUUAGGUGCCAUCUUCAUCAAAUAUUUUAAAGGUUAGUUUGUAUUUAUUAUAAGUAUUUUUUUUGAAUAUUUUCAUAUUAUUGUUGUGAUAUAUUUAAUUGUAGAAUUUUUUUCUGAUAUACAAUGCAACUAUGCAAGAGAUAACUAGAUGAGUUCUAAAUUUCAUGAGAUUUGUAAUGUAAUGUUGUAUUUAGUUGUUUACCCUUAAAUCUUGAUGGCCCCCCUCACCAUAUAAUCCUGGCUUGUGUGGAUGAUAUUUUAGUUUUAUUUUGAAUAUGUAAAAAAUUUAAUAUUUUUGAGUCUCCAAGUUUUAAUCAAAUAAUAAUUUCAAUGUGUUUUGUUCAUGGGUUAGUAUGUAUUUAAUUUUUUUAAAAAAAAUAUUUGUUUCAUUAUUUGUGUAUUAACAUGUUUUUGUAUAAUAUCAACUUAAUACUCUUUUCCCCUUCAAACUUUCCCCUCAUAAACUCAUAAUGUACCUUUCAUUUAUUGGACCAUGAAUUUGCUAACUUAUCACUAAUUAAAAAAUGAAUUUAGAGUACAUUUAAAAAUAUGGAAAAUAUUUUUUGAAAAAAAUUAUUUUUUGAAAACUAUUUUCAUUUUCUAGAGUUUGGUUGAAAGUAUAAAAUCUAGAACACGUGCCCAAAAUCAUUUUUCGAAAACAAAGGCGUGGCCGCGUGGGAACUGGGAAGCCCAAAAUCUAGAACACGUGCCCUGCCCUGAUUUCAAAAAUUCAAUUAUAACGGCUAGCCGCUCCACCCUUAUAACUUCAAACUCCCUCUCUAUCUUCAUCUAUCGCUCACUCGGCGGAGACAACAUAGAGGCACAAGGCCACAUCUCAUUCGACGGGCGUAGAGAGAGAUUCACAGAAAAGAAAUGGCGUCGAACAUCGGAAUGGUGGACUCUGCUUACUUCAUCGGGAGAUCUGAGAUCCUCUCAUGGAUCAAUUCCACUCUCCAUUUCGAUCUUUCCAAAGUCGAAGAGUUCAGUGCCAACUUAUGGACGCCGCUCAUCCAGGGAUGGUGCCAAUGCACAAGGUCAAUUUCGAUGUCAAGAACGAGUACGAGAUGAUCCAGAACUACAAGGUCCUUCAAGAUAUCUUCAACAAACUCAAAAUCACCAAGCACAUUGAAGUGACCAAACUGGUGAAAGGAAGGCCUCUGGAUAACCUGGAGUUCAUGCAAUGGAUGAAGCGCUAUUGUGACUUUGUCAGUGGAGGCGCUACACAUAGUUACAAUGCUCUGGAGAGAAGAGAGGCUGUGGGAUAUAAGGAGGAAUUUUGUUUUUGGUUUUAGCUUGUUGGCAGAUGAUGGGAUACUGGAUACGGAUGGAGUGGAGAAUAGGUUGGGCUGGACUUAUGUGGGCUGGAAUAGUGGGGAAUAUUAGGUAGGCUAGCUAAGACUUCAUGGAUGGAUUAAUUGUUUGUGGGCUGUAGGGUUAUGAGGAUUUAAAAUGGCUGGGCCGAAUGUUUGGGCUUGCUGGGUUUCAAGGUUUGGAGGUCUGUUGGGCCGUAUAGUCUGAAGGAUUAUUUGCUUGAAUUUCCUAGAUGGGCCGAGACUAAUGGAGAAGUAUUAUGUACACGGAAUGGGCUACUGUACAUAAGGUACUUUGACAACUGGGGAUUUUAUGUGCAAAGCAAUUGAACCAAUCCAUGGUCACAUGAGCAGUCAGGAUGGACAAUUUGCUUGUUGUUGUUGUAAACCAACUUGUGAUACAGAAGCCCUUGCAGUUGCCACUGCUAUGGAGGAGAAGGGUACUACUCACCCAAUUGGAAGAGCUGUUAUAGAUUAUAGUGCAGGCAAAGAUCUCCCUUCACUUGCUGUUCAAAGUUUCGAAAAUCGUCUGCUCGGGAGAGGUGUCUUUGUAACAUUAUCUAGCAUGGAGCUUGGACUCCUCUCUCUCUAGUCUACGAUGGUGGCGUUAGUAGUGGCGGCUACAGCAGCGAUAGCGUCUGAUGAAAAUAACGGCGGCCUGAGCAGUGACAUCUGCUCCAGCUCUGGUGUUGUUGCGCUUCCUUAGGGGAACACUCUAUAGAGGAUUUUUAAUGCUACUGCUUUUGCUGUGUCUGGGUAUGCAUCAACUGAAGGCCGGCACUGUAAGCCCUUCAAUCCUUUGUUGGGAGAAACCUAUGAGGCUGAUUUUCUAGAGAAAGGAAUCUGAUUCUUCACUGAGAAGAAGGAACAAAGUUAAGAGCUGCUAAUUCUCUUCAUUCUAGAACCAAACCUAAAAAGACUAGGCAGAUAAAGCAGGUCCCGCCAGCACUCAACCAGUUUUCCAAGACCCUUGAUAAGAACCUAGCAACAAAUCUCUUCAAGAUGCUUCUCAAGUACAGGCCUGAGGAUAAGGCUGCUAAGAAGGAACGUCUUUUGAAAAGGGCCCAAGCUGAAAGUGAGGGAAAGACCCCUGAACUCAAGAAACCUAUUGUUGUUAAGUAUGGGCUCAAGCAUGUCACUUACCUCAUUGAGCAGAAUAAAGCCCAAUUGGUGGUUAUUGCUCAUGAUGUAGACCCAAUUGAGCUGGUUGUCUGGCUUCCAGCUUUGUGCAGGAAGAUGGAAAUUCCCUACUGCAUUGUGAAGGGAAAAGCAAGAUUGGGUUCCUUUGUCCACAAGAAGACUGCAUCAGUUUUGUGCUUGACCUCAGUGAAGAAUGAGGAUAAGUUGGAAUUCUCUAAGAUUUUGGAGGCUAUUAAGGCCAACUUCAAUGACAAAUAUGAAGAGAAUCGCAAAAAGUGGGGAGGUGGAAUCAUGGGGUCUAAAUCCCAAGCUAGGACAAAGGCCAAGGAAAGGGUUCUUCAAAAGGAGGCAGCUCAGAGGAUGUCUUAAGGAUUUAUGAUGAUAUUUGUUGUUAUCCAGGUUUUUCGGACCGAUCAAAGUAGACUGAUCUUGUCUUGUGAGCAGAGUUUAUUUUUGACUUCUAUUGCUUUUGACAAAGACUUAAUGUGCCAUUUUACUGCAUACAAUCAUCUCACCCCGAUAUUUCAUUGCAUUCACUUUGAUGUUUUCUGCUGGAAUUCCUUUCACUACGCACUUGUUAUCUCCUUCUAUGGCAUUGCAGAAAUAUUUUCUUCUAAAA